AUGCCAGGACUUCAGAGGAUUCUCACUGUCACCAUCCUGGCUUUCUGGCUUCCACGUCCUGGGAAUGCACAGCAACAGUGCACGAACGGUUUUGACCUGGACCGCCCGUCGGGACAGUGCAUAGAUAUCGACGAAUGCCGGACCAUCCCGGAGGCCUGCCGGGGAGACAUGAUGUGUGUGAACCAGAACGGCGGCUACCUGUGCAUCCCCCGGACAAACCCGGUGUAUCGGGGGCCCUACUCGAACCCCUACUCCACCUCCUACUCAGGUCCAUACCCUGCAGCCGCCCCACCGCUCCCGGCUCCAAACUACCCCACCAUUUCCAGGCCUCUCAUCUGCCGCUUUGGAUUCCAGAUGGAUGAAGGCAACCAGUGUGUGGAUGUGGACGAGUGUGCGACGGAUUCCCACCAGUGCAACCCCACCCAGAUCUGCAUCAACACCGAGGGAGGGUACACCUGCUCCUGCACCGAAGGCUACUGGCUCCUGGAAGGCCAGUGCUUAGACAUUGAUGAAUGUCGCUAUGGCUACUGCCAGCAGCUGUGCGCGAAUGUUCCUGGAUCCUAUUCCUGCACAUGCAACCCCGGCUUUACCCUCAACGAGGAUGGAAGGUCUUGCCAAGACGUGAACGAGUGUGCGUCGGAGAACCCCUGUGUGCAGACCUGCGUCAACACCUACGGCUCUUUCAUCUGCCGCUGUGACCCGGGAUACGAACUGGAGGAUGACGGAGUUCGCUGCAGCGACAUGGAUGAGUGCAGCUUCUCCGAGUUCCUCUGCCAGCACGAGUGUGUGAACCAGCCCGGCACGUACUUCUGCUCCUGCCCACCUGGCUACAUCCUGCUGGACGACAACCGGAGCUGCCAGGACAUCAACGAGUGCGAGCACAGAAACCACACGUGCACCCUGCAGCAGACCUGCUACAAUCUGCAAGGGGGGUUCAAGUGCAUCGACCCCAUCCGCUGUGAGGAGCCGUACAUUCAGAUCAGCGACAACCGCUGCAUGUGUCCCGCCGAGAACACCGGCUGCAGAGACCAGCCCUUCACCAUCCUGUACCGGGACAUGGACGUGGUGUCCGUGCGCUCCGUUCCUGCUGACAUCUUCCAAAUGCAAGCCACAACCCGCUACCCUGGCGCUUACUACAUUUUCCAGAUCAAGUCUGGGAAUGAGGGCAGAGAAUUCUAUAUGCGGCAAACAGGCCCCAUCAGUGCCACCUUGGUGAUGACACGCCCCAUCAAAGGGCCCCGGGACAUACAGCUGGACUUGGAAAUGAUCACUGUCAACACCGUCAUCAACUUCAGAGGCAGUUCUGUGAUCCGGCUGCGGAUAUAUGUGUCGCAAUACCCGUUCUGA